AUGGAGGAAAAUUCAAACCAAUGUGCAGCAGAAUCAGCUGCAAUUCCUCUCAACAUGGAGGGAGAAUCUAAUGACGGGGAAGAAAGAGAUCCAGAAAGCAUUUCACUGAGCCAACCACUCCUCCGGAGAAACCGGACACUCUCUUCCAGUCCACUGGCUAUAGUUGGAGCAAAAGUCUCCUACAUAGAGAGCUUGGACUAUGAGAUCAACGAGAAUGAUCUCUUUAAGCAUGACUGGAGAAGCAGAUCCAAAGUCCAAGUCUUGCAGUAUAUAUUCUUGAAAUGGAUCCUCGCCUUCCUUGUUGGACUUUUAACUGGCAUAAUUGCCACCCUCAUUAACCUUGCAGUUGAGAAUAUUGCUGGCUACAAGCUUCUUGCCGCAGUUAGUUUCAUACAGAAAGAAAGGUACCUCAUGGGGUUCAUCCAUUUAGCUGGGGCCAAUCUCCUACUGACCACUUUUGCUUCCAUUCUCUGCGUGUGUUUUGCACCCACUGCGGCCGGACCUGGUAUACCUGAAAUCAAAGCUUAUCUAAACGGAGUGGACACUCCUAAUAUGUUUGGUGCUACAACAAUGAUUGUCAAGAUAAUCGGAAGCAUUGGGGCUGUCUCUGCAGGCCUAGAUCUUGGAAAAGAAGGACCUCUAGUGCACAUUGGAAGCUGCAUUGCUUCCUUACUAGGCCAAGGGGGACCUGACAAUCACCGUAUCAAAUGGCGCUGGCUCCGCUACUUCAAUAAUGACCGUGACCGCCGGGAUCUCAUUACUUGUGGUGCUGCCUCUGGGGUAUGUGCAGCUUUCCGAGCCCCUGUGGGUGGCGUACUGUUUGCUUUUGAAGAGGUGGCAACAUGGUGGAGGAGUGCCCUUCUCUGGAGAACUUUCUUCAGCACAGCCAUUGUGGUCGUGGUGCUUAGAACUUUCAUUGAAAUAUGCAGUUGCGGGGGAUGUGGGCUUUUUGGAAAAGGAGGGCUUAUCAUGUUCGAUGUAAGCACUGUUACUGUGACGUACCAUAUGAUGGAUAUCAUCCCCGUAGUUGUAAUUGGCAUUAUUGGUGGAGUUUUGGGAAGCCUGUACAACUUUUUUCUCCACAAGAUCCUCAGACUAUACAAUCUCAUAAAUCAGAAGGGUAAAGUUCACAAGCUCCUCCUCAGUCUCAGUGUAUCACUCUUUACCUCUGCAUGCUUAUAUGGUCUCCCUUUCCUCGUUGAAUGCACACCCUGUGAUUCCUCUCUUGCAGAGUCUGUCUGCCCCACCAAUGAAGGGUCUGGAAACUUCAAACAAUUCAACUGCCCAGAUGGCCACUACAAUGACCUGGCUACUCUUCUCCUUGCCACUAAUGAUGAUGCGGUUCGAAACAUCUUCUCGACUACCACAUCCACUGAAUACCAUCCUAUCUCCCUCCUAAUCUUCUUCGCACUUUAUUGCAUCUUAGGAUUGUUUACCUUUGGAAUUGCUGUGCCAACUGGACUGUUCCUCCCCAUCAUCCUUAUGGGCUCAGCUUAUGGCCGCAUGCUUGGUAUCGCCAUGAAAUCCUAUACGAGCAUUGACCAGGGGCUUUUUGCUGUUCUCGGUGCAGCUUCUCUAAUGGCAGGAUCAAUGAGGAUGACAGUUUCGCUAUGUGUCAUAUUUCUUGAGCUCACCAACAACCUCCUCUUACUACCCAUAACAAUGAUUGUCCUCCUAAUUGCCAAAACAGUAGGAGACAGCUUCAACCCAAGCAUCUAUGAGAUUAUACUGCAUUUAAAAGGUUUGCCUUUCUUGGAUGCACAUCCAGAACCAUGGAUGAGGAAUCUGACCGUAGGUGAGCUUGCUGAUGCCAAGCUGCCAGUAGUCACCCUUCGUGGAAUUGAAACGGUGGAACGUAUUGUGGAGGUCCUGAGAAAUACCACACACAAUGGUUUCCCUGUUAUAGAUGAUGGAGUGGUGCCACCAGUAGGAUUGGCCGUUGGGGCAACAGAAGUACAUGGACUAAUCCUUCGAGCUCACCUUGUUCAGGUGCUGAAGAAGAAAUGGUUCCAAAGAGAGAAAAGAAGAACAGAGGAGUGGGAAGUGAGAGAGAAAUUUACCUGGGUUGAGUUGGCUGAGAGGGAAGGAAAGAUUGAGGAGGUGGCCGUGACAAGUGAAGAAAUGGAGAUGUAUGUAGAUCUGCAUCCCCUCACUAAUACAACACCUUAUACAGUGAUGGAAAGCACGUCAGUGGCAAAAGCUAUGGUGCUUUUCAGACAACUGGGACUCCGUCAUUUGCUCAUUGUGCCAAAGUAUGUAGCAGCUGGGGUGCUUCCCGUGGUUGGGAUCUUAACCAGGCAGGAUUAA